GAAACUUGCUUUAUGUCCUGAGCUGUGAUUGGACAGCCAGGGCCUGGGGGCGGGGCUAGAGUGAGGCGACUUCCUGUUGAGUGAAUAAGGGGAACUGGGCCAGCCCUCACAUGUUACUGGCUGCUGUCUCUACCAGGACCGUCAGAGCAGAACCAGGGAGGAGAAAAGCCAACAGAACCAGGUCCAGUCCGCCUGAGCUGGGCUGCUAACCGGUUCUGAUCCGAGUCCUUCACAGCUGUGGCAAUACGUGUGGAUCAGAGGGAACGGCUGGACUCAGAGCGGUCCUCGCAGAGACACACACACACAGUCACAUCUGGAGAACAUCAGCAGAGUGGGCGGUUCUGGUCCCGGGCGGGUUGGCUGGAUCGGAUCAGACUGCUGCCAGUUCUCACACUGAAUCAGCUGCUUCCCCGUCGGGUUCUGGUGGUUUCUGGGACCGGUUCUGGUCCAGUAGCUCUCAGGGGAGGAGGGGUCUGCAGCAGAACCAUGAAGCGUCUCGUUGGGACUCUGCUGUUGGUGUCCGUCCUGCCGUCCCUCUGCAGCGUCUCUCUGCCUCCGGACACCGAGUGCGGCAUGUCCUACCGUCUACGAGCCUUCCGGGUGACCACCAGGUGUAACCUGACCACCCUAAAGGAGAAGCAGGUGAAGGAGAUCCAGGGUUUGACCACCAACUUGCUGCUGCCGAUCAUUUACCUGUUGACCUUCUGCAUCGGUCUGCCCGCCAACCUGUUGGCUCUCUGGAUUCUCGUGUUCCGGACCAAACGUCGGCCGUCGACUGCGCUGCUCAUUAACCUCACUGUGAUAGACUGCUUGCUGUUCCUGGUUCUGCCGUUUCGGAUCGUCUACCACUUCCGGGGGAACCACUGGGAGCUGGGGGAGCCUCUCUGCCGGAUCGUCAUGGCGAUGCUUUACGGGAACAUGUACAGUUCGGUCUGGUCCCUGGCCUUCGUGGCUGUGGACCGGUACGUGGCUGUGGUUCACCCAUUUGGCGCGAAGAGAUUGCGCAGCCGGCGGUGGUCUCUGGGCCUGACGGCCGCGGUGUGGAUGGUGAUGCCGGCCGCCAUGUUGCCUUUGCUGCUGUCCCGGCAGACUUACCCUCUGGACGACCCCAACAUCACCACCUGCCACGACGCGCUGCCCGAGAGCGUGCAGGAGAACUACUUCCUGCCGUACUUCGCCACGCUGUUCACCACCUGCUUCCUGCUGCCCUUCAUCGUCGUGAUGUUCUGCCACGGCGCCGUACUGCGCACCCUGCUGGCUGAAGGCAGGAAGUACUGUCACGCCAUCGAGGUGACGCUUCUGAUGAUACUGAUGUUCGUGGCGUUCCUGCUGCCCUGUAACAUCCUCCUGAUCCUGACCUACAGCGACAGCUGGCCGGACGGUGAGGACCUGUACGUCCACUACAUGACCAGCCUGGCCUUCAGCACCUUCAACAGCUGCUUCCACCCCUUCGUCUUCUACUUCGUCUCCAGAGAUUGCAGAGAAAGAACCAGGAAUGCUCUGUGCUGCAUCCCUGACAUGGAGGACAAACCGUCCUCUCGGGGGACACACACCUCCUCGUCAGCGGGACAGAGGUCAAAGGUCACUCUGCUGACCAUGACAAGUUACAAGGGACGCCUGACCCAGCAGCCAGAGGUCAACAUGAUGACAUGACGGUCAGCUGAUGCCGGACCGCUGGGCCUCCAGAUUCUCCUUCAAGUAAAAGAAAUAUCGAUAUGAAAAGGCAAAAGAAACAAAGAACAAAAAAAAUCUGCCAUUUAUCUCAGAAAAAAAUAAUAAUUAAUUUUUAGGUCCCCCCCCCCCCCCAUUAUUAGAACAAUGGUUCAGUCCAAAGUGUGGGAGGAGCAACAGCUGGCUCCGUUAGAGCCGCUGGAGGGAGGAGCUAGCUGUUAGCUGCUAGCUAGCUGUUAGCUGCUAGCUGUGGCUCUGCAGCACAAAUAAAAACCCUCCAGUCAGUAAAUACUUCAAGCAAAAGACAUAUAAACAUUUUAUUUACUUUCACUGCUCAAUAAGAAUAAACUCAUAAACAAUAAAAAUCAUUCUGCAGUUUGUUAUUUCAUUACUUUGACUGAAUCAUCAUAAGCUGCCUUAUUAGCAAAACUGCUACACUGCUUUCAUAGAUUUAACCUUUGACCUUUUUUGUCAAAGGCAGCAAACAUCUCACUCAUAUUUAGCUCUUUAACUUUUAGUUAAUCAGAAGAGUUUGAAACUGGAGGAGGGUCUGAGGAAGUGAAGCAGCUCAGAGUUGGAGCCCAGAACAGAUAGAAAAAACUAAAGUUAUGUUUUUAUUUCUCACUGUCUUCAAUGUAGAGCCUUUAAAACCACAAAAUAAAAUCAAAAUAUUUUUCUAUAUAAACCCUGGUGCUUUAAAUGUUAUGUUUAAAUUAUGAUAUUCCCCAGAUAUUCAUUUCUAUCUAAUUAUUAGUUCUCAGCCAUCCAGGACAUGACAAACUAAAAAAACGCUUAUAAAUAAAGCAACUUAACAAAUUUAAAUAGCCCAUAACUUGUAUUGAGAACCAUUCAAUAAAUCAAUGUUUAUGAUGAACUUUAUUAAGAGCAGUUAAUCAUUAAAGCUUUUUUAUUUAGAGCCUUAAAUGUUUGUAAAGGUGUAGCAGAAAUUAGAUCAGACUGAACAAAAACUUCUAAGCAACAUUUGAAUUUUAGUUUCAUUUCUCUGCAGGCAGUUUAAUAAAACAUGUUUGAUGUGCUUUACUAGUCAUUUUUGGUCCUGCAGCUUGAAUGUAGUUUAAAACUUUUUAAGCUAGAUUUUACGUUACAUUUCACUGGAACUUUGCCAGAAUUGGUCUUAAAUGUUCCUGUUGAUGUUCCCCCAAUAAUGAGAUGGGAUUUACGCUCUUGACCCUAACUCCUAUUGGUCACUUUACUUUAGUUUAUUUUCCGCUCUUUCUGUAAGCUAACUGAGACUGUGCAGUGGAGCUAGCUAAAAAUGAAUAACCGGUUCUGGCGGGUCGCUGCUUUAACAGCUUUUGGUUUGUUCUUGUGGUUUCGCUACCUGAAGAGCUGACGGGUCAGCCGGCUGGCUGACCGUGGCGUCUGCCGCUCUGCCUGAACAUGACCUAACUCUGCUGGAGGGUUAAACAGUUAAAUCUAGUCAAAACUUUCCCAAAGAGAGUAGAAAUGAAGCAUUAUUAUAAACAUGAUCAUUUUUACAAAUAAAAAUAAUAAUAUUUUGUAUUAUUAUUAUUAUUAUUUACUUUGAUGACAUAAUAAUAUUGCAUAACACUGUACAGUGUUAUUAUUGUAUUAUCGUUGUUCCUUUCACUGUAAUUAUUGUGGAUUUAUAUAUUCAUGGAUGUUAUUGGCUUCUGUUCAUGAUGUUUGUCUGAGGUAAAUAUAUUUCUGUUUUCCUCCAUCAUAUUCUACAGAACUAGAGAACCUGUUAAAUAAAUAAGAUGUGACAAAGGUGGAGAUGUGUUUAUGUUUGUAUAAGAAAGUUAUUGAAAAUAAAAAGUCCUGCCUGAGCCGCUGCUUUAGGCCCGGUGCAUCAUGGGAUGCUGCGUGUUGCUGUGGUUAUGAGUCGGGUUCAGGACCGUACGCUCCGGGUUACGUUUCUGUUUGUUAAACUCAAAUAACAGCAGCAUUCAAGAAUCACCCGUUCUUGAAUGAAACCCAGAACAAACGGUGUUUCCUCUCAGAACCGGACGGUUGGAAGAAGUUUGUUGACACGGACCGGUUCUGUUUCACUGCAUCAGAACAUGAAGCGGUUCUGAUUCUGAUCAGCAGACAUUCGGUUACAGAUCAAACUUCACAAAGUGAAGAUGAAUGAACUCCGCGGUUCGUCCCUUUGUCCCAACAGUUUCUGCUCUGACUGAUGAGGAAGACGAAGACCCGCCGAGUCAGGAAGUUCGUCCAUAUCUGAUGGAGACAGGAAGCUGCAGUCAUCAGUCACACAGCAGCUUUAACAGAACCAACAGGAACCAACAGGAACCCUACAUUCUUUAAAACAUGUCCGCCGUCUCUCCGUCUGCCACAGAAAACAUUUGCAUUAGAGACCAAUCGGGUUUUAUUUACCUGAGACCUUCACUGUGGUGCUGUCUCUGGAACAAUCCUGGUCCAACCGAACUUUAUCUGUGAAGACACAGAGACGUCCGUUCAGAGACCUGACCUCAUGUAGAAAGCAGCAUACGCACAAAAACGUAUGUAUAAAAAUGAACAUGGUGUCAAAGUUUGUGUAACCAAGGCGACGCAACGAGUUUCUCAUCAGAGGACACACAACGGAAACCUGACAGUGAAGAGUCGGAGCAGAAAUGUCCAACAGUGACGUCAUCAGCGCGUUACUCUACUCUGACCCCUUGUAACGUGUAAUGUAACGCGUUACUAUUUACAAUCCAAUAAUCAGAUUAAAGUUAUGUAUCCAAGUCA